AUGCAGCAAACUCUGAGUCAACCAUGUUCCUGGAUGCUUCAGCUUCUGCUAGUUUCAAACCUUCUCCUAUGGGAGCAUGCAGUCUCUGCACCCAUGUGCCUUGCCACAGAAGGAUACACCGAGUUGCCCAUUGAAGAACUCUUUGACCAGACAAUUGUUGUGGCUCAGUAUACCUCUAACCUCACCAAACAAAUGUCUGAGAAGUUUGAUGAAAGCUUUGCCAAAAGGCUGGUACACAAAGCCAGCAACUCCAGCACCUGUCACACUGCCUCCCUUGCUACUCCAGAAACCAAUGAACAAAUCCAGCGGACACACUUAGUUAACCUUCUGAAAGCGAUGAUCAGCAUUUCGCGAGCCUGGUAUCACCCUCUGGAACACCUAGUGCAUGCAGUGGCUGCUCUUAAAGGGGCCGGGAAGACCAUGCUGUUGAAAGUCAAAGAAGUAAAGGAAAAAAAUCAAGAACUUCUAAGGGAAAUUAAGAAAAUUCUUGUCAGGGUUCAUCCUGGGGCUGAAGAAAAUGUCUACCCUGCUUGGAUGGGACUGGCAGAUGUGAGGUCAGCCAAUGAAGACACUCGCCAUUUUGCUCUUAGUAACCUUUUCAGAUGCUUGCAUAGUGAUACUUACAAGGUUGCUACUUAUCUUGAGAUUGUGAAGUGUCGAGUCACCCGUAACAACAACUGCUAA